CACGCGCCCAUCUCCGUCUCCUGCCGCAACCAAAACCGACGUCCUCACCGACGUGCCGCUCACGAGACCGUCCCGCCGUCCACUGCCCCUUCUCCACGCUCCUCAACCUAUAUAUUCCAGCCCCGCCUCCGACCAAGCCUCCACUUAGCCGGACCGCCGCACGCACCCGCAUCGACGACGGAGAGGACCGUUGCGUACUAAGCAGACAUCUACAGAUCGGAAUCGGGCGGCGAUGGACUUCUCCGGCGACGUCAAGCAAGCGAUCCCGCGUCCCGCCGUUGCCUUCACCGGCGUCGGGAGCGGUGGCCCGUCCCCGCUCCUCAGGGGGUGGCGCGAGUUCCGGCGGAGCGCCGCGCCGGUGAGGUUCCUCUGCUUCGAGGGCGCCGCGUGGGCCGAUGUCGAGGGCGAGGCGGCCGCGGCUCUGCGGCGGGCGUUCCUGGACGGGAAGGUGGUCGCCGAGGCCGCGUACGGGGGCAGGGAAUUCCUGUUUGACUUCCUGCGAAUGGCGCGCAUCGACGCGGCCAGCGCCGAGGCCGUCGCCAUGGGCUGGAUCGACGAGCGCGGGGCGUGCUUCUUCCCUGUUCCGGAGAGCGGCAGGAAGCGGAAGAGGGGUCACCCUGAGCAGGAUGGAGCGUCGUCCGGGGUUGAGGAGGGGUCCGACGAGAGCAGCGAGACGGUGGAUUCCGGCAGGGUCAGGAAGGCGGCCCGUGGGGCGUGGGGCAAGGCGGUGAAGCUGGAGGAGACGGACAAGUUCUACCAAUUGGUCAAGAAGCUGCUCCUCAGCGGGAUAGCCCCCAUGGGCGGCCGCGGCGUGGCGAUGACAGCCGUGCACAAGGUCGCGCAGGGGCCGCGGUCCAGGGCGUUCCAGCUGCAGGGACAGCUACUUGCCGCUCAGCGCGGCGCCGGCGGGGGCAAUGCCAAGUUCGCGUGGUACGGCGCGCCGUCGGUUGACGUGGCCGCGGCUGUGGAGCACGGAUUCGGGAAGACCAACAGCCGGGUUCUCGGCCAUCGCGCGCACGGCGACGGAGUGCACCUCUCGCCGCCUCAGUCUCCUUACGCUAGUGCGAUGCUAGCAAAGGCAGAUGAGAGCGGCGAGGCACAUAUCGUGCUGUGCCGUGUGCUGAUGGGUCGGCCAGAGGCCAUUCCAGCCGGAUCCUCCCAAUGCCACCCAAGCAGUGACAACUACGACAGCGCCGUCGACAACAUACAGAAUCCAAAGUGGUACGUUGUGUGGAGCACGGACAUGAACACAAGAAUCCUCCCAGAGUACGUCGUUAGCUUCAAGUGCCCCAACCUCCAGCAGAUGCAAGGAUCUUCAUCCAGAGCGACCUCAGAGCUGAAGAAGCCUUCUCCAGUGGCUCGUGACAUGUUUCCAACGCUUCUAGCGGAGAUCCAGCGGUUCGUGCCAUCCUCCAAGCUACAGACAUUGCAGGGGACUUACAAUUGCUUCAAGAAAGGGCAGAUGAAGAAGGACCAGUUCAUCCGAUUCUUGCGCACCUUCAUCGGCGACAGGGUGUUGACAACAGUGGCCCAGAAACUCCGAGGAUACUGAUGGACGGUGCAAGGGUGCUCUUCUCUAUCUGGUUUUGUUGUCGUCGUCGUUGGUAACGUGGUCGCUCAUUCGGCCAACUCCAUAGAAUCGAACAGUAUGUGUGUUGAGUACCAAUCAGAGAGAUCUUUCAUUUCUUAUGUUGCCGUAGUUUAGCCGGAAAUCACAGCUGUCAUGUCUAGAACAUAGAGGGGUUACAGUAAUCUUCCAUUAACCAACACAAAGGUAGAUUUAAUUGUUGAUUUCUGAGCUAUUUUUACUUGGUAUUUUGCAAUUCCAAUCUGUACAGACUGAAAGUUCUAUGAGUUCAUGCCUGAAAGCAGCAUUGAUUCGUCGAUUCAGCCAA